CAUACCCCAGAAACUUUGAUCUAAAGAAAGCCAUCACUCCAAAUUACUUUGUUCCAGAAGUUUUGAGGCAUGUCUCUGUGCAGUUUGGCGUAAUGUAAGCGGGAUACUUUUUGACAUUUGCGCAGAAAUGGCUUUCUUCAGGUAACUCGACCAUGCAGCCCAUUUUUCUUCAAGUGCCUCCUUAUUGUGCAUCUUGAAACAGCCACACCACAAUUUUUCAGAGAGUCCUGUAUUUCAGCUGAAGUUAUUUGUGGAUUUUUAUUUGCAUCUCUAACAAUUUUCCUGUCAGUUGUGACUGAAAUCUUUGCUGGUCUACCUGAAUCCCUCAUUUUCCACUUCUUAAUCAGUGUUACAACACUGCUGAUUGGCAUUCUCAAUUCCUUUGCUAUCUUUUUAUACCCCUUUCCUGUUUUAUGCAGUUCAAUUACCUUUUCUCGCAGAUCCUUUGACAAUUCUUUUGCCUUCCCCAUGACUCGGAAUCCAGAAACAUCUGUGCAGCACUGGAUGAAAGAUGCAAUGGUCUGUCAGAAGCCCAGAUACUCACUGACCUUUUAUACACACACAUUAAUUACAAACAAACAUGUCACAGACGCUAUGACCGGCGUCCUGACGCAGACCCUUACUGCCAGGCUUUCUACCCGUUCUGUCCCACGGGCGACCGCGACGGCCGCAUUCCUUUCAUGAGGGACAACGACGUAAUUUCGGUGUAUCGACUGCAGACUCCUGUGUGGGAGUUCAAAUAUGGAGACCUGCUGGGAAAACUGCAUAUCAUGCACGACGCCGUGGGCUUCAGCAGCGCCCAGACGAGUGCCAACUACACCAUGGAGUGGUACGAACUCUUCCAGCUGGGCAACUGCACCUUCCCCCACCUCAGACCCGACUUGCACGCCCCCUUCUGGUGCAACCAGGGAGCCGCCUGCUUCUUCGAUGGCAUCGACGACGCCCAUUGGUCGAAGAACGGAACCCUGGAGAAAGUCUCCGAAAUCAGCGGUCAUCAGUUUAACGAGAUGGCCAAGUGGGUCCAGGACGACAAUGCCACGGGGAUCUACUACGAGACGUGGACGGUGCUCUCUGACCCGAGCCCCGGCGCCAGCGUGUGGUUCGAGUCCUACGACUGCUCGCAGUUCGUGCAGCGCACGUACCACACGCUCGCCCGCCUGGGCGCCAAACUGAGCAGCCGCACGCAGACCAACUACACCAAAGUCUACCUGUACAGCGGGGAGCCCAUCUACCUGGGCAACGACAGCGCCAUAUUCGGCCAGCCGGCGCUCAGGAACCUGGCGGCGGACAUUCGGGAUUUUUACAGCAUGUUCCGAGCGCACCAGUCCAUGGCGGAGUUGGUGCUCAGCGUGAUGGAGGCUUACAAGAAGGUGGUGUUUGACAAGAACUUUUACUUCUACUACAACUUUGAGUACUGGCGGCUGCCCAUGAAGCCUCCUUACCUACGCAUCACUUACCAGGAGGUGCCUUUGCCUUAGCGCACUACCAAAUACUCACAUUACCAGAACACAGUACUAAAUACUUCAAUUUACCAUAACGCAGUACCAAAUACUCAAAACUACCAUAGCACAGUACUAAAUACUUAAAUUUACCAUAUCUCUGUACUAAAUACUUAAAAAACUACUAAAAUGAGAUUUUCUUAUUUAAACGGGGAUAGCAGGUCCAUUCUAUGUGUCAUACUUGAUCAUUUCGCGAUAUUGCCAUAUUUUUGCUGAAAGGAUUUAGUAGAGAACAUCCACAAUAAAGUUCGCAACUUUCGGUGCUAAAAGAAAAGCCCUGCCUCUACCGGAAGUUGCAGACAAUGACGUCACAUGUCACAUAUUCACAUUGUUUUUAAUGGGAGCCUCCAACAAAAAGAGCUAUUCGGACCGAGAAAACGACACUUUCCCCAUUAUUUGAGCGAGGAUGAAAGAUUCGUCUUUGAGGAUAUUGAUAGCGACGGACUAGGGGAAAAAAAACAAUUGCAAUCGCGUUGCAUUGAGACAGAUUCAUAUGUUUUUAGACACAUUUACUAGGAUAAUUCUGGGAAAUCCCUUAUCUUUCUAUUGUGUUGCUAGUGUUUUAGUGAGUUUAACUGUACCUGAUAGUCGGGGGUGUACGUCCACGGGUGUGUUGACGCGCAGUGUCUCAGGGAAGUCCACGGCAGCUGUACGGGCGGCACAAGCUCAGCUGAUAUCCAGCAAGUGGCGACUUUUUAACCACAAUUUUCUCACCGAAACCUGCUGGUUGACAAGUGGUCGGAAUCCAUGUCCGCUCUGAUCCAUAGGAAAGUUUCAACUUCAUGAAUUUUAAACAAGGAAUCACCGUGUGUUUGUGUGGCUAAAGGCUAAAGCUUCCCAACUCCAUCUUUCUACUUUGACUUCUCCAAUAUUAAUUGAACAAACUGCAAAAGAUUCAGCAACACAGAUCUCCAAAAUACUGUGUAAUUAUGCCGUUAAAGCAGACGACUUUUAGCUGUGUGUGUGUGCAGCGCUCAUAUUCAUAACAGCCUGUGACGUCACGCGUACACGUCAUCAUUACGCGACGUUUCAAGAAAAAAGUCCCGGGAAAUUUAAAUUUGCAAUUUAGUAAACUAAAAAGGCCGUUUUGGCAUGUGUUGCAAUGUUAAUAUUUCAUCAUUGAUAUGUAAACUAUCAGACUGCGUGGUGGGUAGUAGUGGGUUUCAGUAAGCCUUUAAAUUUACUGUAACACAGUUCAGUACCAAAUACUCAAAUUACUAUAACGCAGUACUAAAUACUGAGAUUUACCAUAAUGUAGUACUAAAUACUCUAAUCACAUUACUAAAUACUGAAAUUUACCAUAACGCAGUUAAAAAUACUCAAAUUACCAUAACGCAGUACAAAUACUCAAAUUACCGUACAUGUCGUGGUCUUCUGUAGUAAUUUCUGUUUCUGUUCCUACACAAAACGGCGAAGAAGCAAUGCUGCAAGUUGUCUAACAAGUUAACAAUAUGUCAGACACGUUAACAAGGGGAAUAGUGCCAAUAUGUUGAAUAAAAUUGCCGAAUUAAAUACAAUGUGUUCAAGUCAUUCAGGCAGACGGGAGUCUCCCUCUGCUGGACAUUUUGGGACAUUACAGUUACAUUUUUGUAUGUCAUUGUAGAAGUGAAGUGAAUUAUAUUUACAUAGCACUUUUCUCUAGUGACUCAAAGCGCUUUUACAUAGUGAAACCCAAUAUCUAAGUUACAUUUAAACCAGUGUGGGUGCCACAGGGAGCAGGUGGGUAAAGUGUCUUGCCCAAGGACACAGCGGCAGCAGACAAAUAUGUACUGAGGCCAUAAGUAUAUUUGUGUCUCUUUGUUCUUUUCAAUUUUUCACCAUCUUGUCUAUGAAGAAAUGUCAAAAGUAAAUGGUCAAGCUUU